AUGCAGCUCAACACUCAGCUGUCUGCCCUUUUGGGCCUGCUGCUUCCCACCCUGGCCUCAGCCGAGACCGUGCUGGGCGUCUUCGUCUUCCACCGCCAUGGAGACCGCACAGCAAAGUCCACCCCGCCAACCAAGCUGACGGCGCUAGGUGCCGAGCAGGUGCAUAGCUCCGGCGAGUACUACCGGUCGCUGUAUGUCGCCAGCAACGCCACCAGCCGCAUCGCCGGCAUCUCGUCAGACGUCGCCGUCAACUCGCAGCUCAACGUCGUCAGCCCCAUCGACGUCGUGCUGCAGAACAGCGGCCAGGCCUUUCUUCAGGGGCUCUACCCGCCUACCACGGCCGACGUCCAGGUCCUGGCCGAUGGCACGACGGUGCAGUCGACGCUCGGCGGAUACCAGUACAUCCCAGUCAACUCCCUCACCACCGCCGCCACGCCCAGCGGUGCUGAGGAUGACGCUUGGCUACAGUCUGGCAGCGGCUGCGCAAAGGCCGUCGCCAGCUCCAACUCGUACUUUGCCAGCCGCGACUAUCUCGAUGCCCUCGAGAGCACCCAUGGCUUUUACCAGGGCCUGAUGCCUGCCAUCAACCGCACGUUCAAGGCCGAUGCAGCCAACUUCAAGAACGGCUAUGCUAUCUACGACUUGAUCAACGUCGCCCAGAUCCACAACGCAUCCUACGACGGCCGCAACCUGAUGACCGACCCGGUCCUCCACCAGCUCUCCACCCGCGCCAACCAGCUGGAGUGGAACCUGGCAUUCAACGCCUCCGAGCCCGUCCGCGCCAUCGCUGGCGCGACCCUCGCCGGCCAGGCCUUGCGGUCCCUCAACGCGACGCUGCAGAAGCCCGCGUCCUCGCCGCGCAUCGACGUGCAGUUUGGGGCCUACGCCACCUUUUCGUCCUUCUUCGGCCUGGCGGGCCUGCACGAGGUGAGCACCGACUUUACCGGCAUCGUCGACUACGCCAGCAGCAUGGCGUUUGAGCUCGUCACCAACGUGUCCGUCCCGGCUGGAGCGGUCAGCCCGGAUGACGUGAGCGUGCGCUUCCGCUUCGUCAACGGCUCCGCGUCGGCUGUGAGGCCGCUCAGGGCGUACCCGCUGUUUGGGCCGGGCGAGAGCCUGAUGCCCUGGUCGGCUUUCCAGAGAAACAUGGCCAAGAUCGCGGUCAUGGACACGGCGCGCUGGUGCGAGCUGUGCGGGCCCGCGUCUGCUGGUUGCGCUGCUGGUGCGGCCGGCACUGCGGGGGCGGCCGGGGCGGCUUCGGGUGGCAGCGACGGUGGCAUCACCACGCCUGUUGCUGGUGUCAUUGGCGCUCUGGUCACUCUCGGUUUGGUGCUUAUCACGGGUGGGCUUGUCAUGGGUGUCGGAGGCCUGCGGCUUGUUAAGAAGCGCGACCUCGUGCCCGCGCCGGCGUCUGACAAGAUGAGUGCUUAG